GACAGACAACGUGGAGACCCAUAUGGGCAAAUGAUUCAGAGAUAAGCGCUUGCUUUGAUCUUUUUGUCAACUUAGUCAUAACAACGAAUUGUUAUGCAUCGUUUUAAUUGACAAUCAUGGAUUACGGCCAGUUUGGACGACCAGCAGACCCGUGGGACAAGGAGAAAACUUGAUAUCGUGUUUUAUUCUUCGAUUAGUGACGAAACUCAUACCGCGUUUACAAUUACGCGAGAGCAGAAUGAAGUUUCGAGCGGAAUAAGCAAAAUAAUUUCUGGUAUGGGUUACUGGGCAAGUGUUCGGUGACUGUACACUGGCCUCGUUCUUUUUUUCGUGUUUAUUGGGUUUCACGGUUCAUAAACACGCAAAAUAGAACUUGGUCAAUAUCCAGCUAUCUUGACCGAACGAGAAGGGAGGGGGUCAACAAGCUUGGGUGAUAAAGGACUCACUACAUGGCAAAAGGAACAAACUCUUCGGGCUUGCGGGAUAAAGCGGGCAGUCCCGAAAUGGCAGGAUUUCUCCCAUCUUGCCCUCUCGGGUAGCCAAUCACAGCACAGGACAUGUUCAAAGCCGUUUUUUUAACCCCUAAAGGUACAACGAGCACCCCGUCAAUUUUAUAUGAGAGUCCUCCCCCCCCCGGCCCUAAGAGGUAUGGUUUUGAGCAAGAGAAUAUAUUCUCUUAUUUUGAGCGGUUUUGGUCUAAAAUACUUAAUUGUAGGGUACACUGCUUUGUGCCGGCGCCCAGGCACCAGAGCUUAGGUAAAAAGUGUGAACACAGCCUUUAAGAGUAACCAGGGCGAUGAUUAUUCCAUGAGAAACAUGAAAACGCAAGCACAAUUGUCACCAAAAUGCUUUUGCUGGUGGAGUUGCCAAGCUGCACAUCGCUACUAGGUCGCCGAGUAUUUUGGCAAGAAACCUCUGAGGGCGCUAUGCACUGUGGGAAACAUUGAGACAUUACAGAUGCGCAUGAAGGAAGAUGGGACAGUUUUCCCUAUAAGCUUAGCAGGCAGUCACUCUAAUUUUACGUCAAAACAAGGUUGGAGGAGAAUGAUAGUGGACCGGAACUAGAAUGCUUUCAAAGGAUAAAAAAGGCACCCGCAGAAACUUUGUCACCCUCAACUGGUUCUUGUUGAAAGCACGUGGAAUGGCUGUUUUUGUUUUUAUUUUCCUUUCCUUAUGGUCUUACCCUGGGUGUCUUUUAGUCAGAUGUUUCAAAAUUGACGCCUCGUCAACACCUCCAACAUUACCCACAAGCUCAACAGGAUUACCUCAGAUGACCGCUGUCCCUACACCUUUGUUGCACCCUGUUCCACAACCAAAUUCCAUGGUCUCGUUACCAGUCUCAAGUACUACGCUUCAGCCCACGCGGCCAGCCCAGCGACUAGUGUCUAUCUCUUACUCAGCGGAUGUUAAAAUGAUUAGUCCUGCACAUGCGCAAUUGCUUUCAGCGACCACUCUGCCCAUUUUGCGGCCCACAGCACUAACAACAAGCUUUGAGUCAGCCUGCCGUCCUGUUGUGAAAAACGUUUCUGUCUAACUGUCGUGCAAUGAAUUAUAAUUACCCAAUGACUAUUAAAUGAUUAGCCAGAGAACAUUAUGAAUAAUAACAUAUAUCUUAUGUCAUACCUUUUGAUAUUACGACGAAAAUUCGUGUCCACCUAGUUAUUUUUAAUGUUCAUAGAAUGGUAGGAAUUGAAUAAAUCGCGAGAGCUUAACCAGAUCUUGCAUGGCGAUGCAGCUCUUUAUUUCGUUAUUGAUGAACUUUUCAAUCAGGUUGCACUGAAACGCUGAUAAUCUUGUCAGUCUGCGAGAUCUCGUUCACUUUUAAAGAUUGUUGCUGAAAUCACAGCAUAACAGAUCGUGCCUUCUUGCUAAUGAAGAUUCAUGUCUCUGAGUCUGUUAAGAACUGCGUCAGAAAACUCCCGACGUCUUAUAAACGGUCUAGAAAACGGGCUGAUUAUAUGUCUGGAGUGAGAAACUACCGGAGGGUAAUGAUAGAUAUGGUGAGAUAGCCGAGGGGAACUCGCUGCUACUCCCGGGAGAGAGUUUGGGAUAGUAAAAUCCACGAGAUUACGCGUUGUAGCUCGUAAGUAUGAAGGCGAUGAAACAUGAUAGGGUGGAAUAAAAAAUGAAUUGGACUCCCGAUUUUGAUAGCUGAGUAUGUUCUGUUGGUAAGGGUUCAAACUGCUAGGGCCUGCUAGCCGAGUGUUGAACGAUUGCGGCGCAGAUGUAGCUGCCACAGGAGGGUAAUACCGAGGCUGCCACCUUGGUUGGUAAGAGGCGAGACCUCUUGUCCAAUCCACGCUCGCCGGAUUAGUAACAUACGGCACAGGGGCAGCGAAAGGGCUACGCCUUGAAUACUCCUGGAAGUACGUAGGCCACGAAGGCGCGGCUUGGCUGAAUGUUCGAUAACUUGCAUGAACUGGGGGUCGAUACUGAUGGUGAUAAUGUCGAUAAUGCGAAUGUCUUGGGUGAUGGCGAUAUUGAGUGGAAUAGCUUGGUUCGAACUCAUCGUCGUCUUGUGGAACGUCAUGUGACCUCCAUCUUUCUCUAUCUGCAAGACAGGAGCAAACCGAUUUUUGAUUUCGAUGCCCCUUCUACAUUUGAGGAUCUGUAUACAUAGCAUAGGGGUUAUAACAACUACAUACCAGCCGAUCAAAAAUACGGACCGGCUCGAGCAUGUUACGAUGGUAAAGGCGGCAAAAUACGAGAUAC